UGUUGAGGUUUUUCACUAAGGUGACCGGUGAGUUUCUGAUAUUACAUUCAUAUUAAUGUUAAAAGUAUCAUUUCAUUUUUUUUUAAUAUUUCAUAAUUACCGUCUUGGCUAUUAAUGAGUCUGAUGGCUUAAAACUUUUUACUGUUAGGGAAUAUGCCAAAGCAAUCACGAACAAAGAUAGUUCCACCGCUAGUCCAGUAGGCUGUGCACAUGCGCAAUACAACAACAAAAAACACUAUGAUCACUGGUCAGUCUAUUGGAAUGAUAUAAGAUGGUGUGUUUCAGUAUGGGGUUAACCUGUUUUUGUCUGCUGCUUUUGUGUUUUGCCAGCAAUAAAGCCAUAAAGGUUAUUGGUCGGGAUGGGACUGUGACAACAGGAGUUGAUGCGCAGUUAUUCUGUGAAGCAAUCGAGACAACAGAGCCUCUAACAACUAUUAGGUGGCAAAGACGAACAAAGAAAAAGCCAACAAAUACAGAUUUUCUGGUUGUAACUUCUAGUGGCAAAGAAGAAUACAUAAACGGACUGAGGGAUCGAGUAAAAUUUGCAGGGAACUUGGAAGUACUGGACGGCUCAAUUCAUCUAAGUAAUGUUACUCUUUUAGAUGAAGGAAUCUACACUUGCAUCUUCAGCGUAUUUCCAAGUGGACCAUAUAAAACAGAAAUUCGUCUCACAGUACAAGUUCCUCCUGUUGUCACUGUGGGCACUAAUGUUCCUGCUGUUGCUGGAGACACUGAAGGGAUUUUAGUGACCUGCACUGCAGCCAAUGCAAAGCCUGCAGCAGAAGUGUCGUGGAGUCUGGAUGCUUUAAACACAGUGAAAGUACAAAAUACUGUCACUGUGGACUCUGAAGAUAGAUACACUGUUAAAAACAACCUGCUUGGAACCGCAUCUAAAGAUCUAAACCAGAAGAAGUUUCAGUGUGUAGUCACAGACCCUGGCCUAAAGCAGAAACUGGAACUGAGUUACACAUUGGAUAUUCACUAUCCUCCCCAGGUGGUUUAUAUUAGUUCAGCAGGUGAUCAAGGGGAAACCCGUGAAUUUCUCUGUGAUACAGACGCUAAUCCAAAACCUACAAACUUUACCUGGGGCAGCUACAGAAUCUAAAACCUGUUGGACUCUGUUCAUCCUGACCCUCGUUGCUGGGGUUUGCUGUUUUCUCUUUUGGAAAUUUGAAUUGUUUCAGCGUGUUAAUAAAAUACUGCGGUGAGUUUUCUCAUUUUACCAAUCUAGUAAUGAGAGCAGAUUAUAAACAUUAAAUGAGUUGUUAAAGUGAGUUGCUUAUUUUCUGUUUUCACUCAGGCGUGAUAUCGGUCAACCUGUGCGUACGUAAUCUCCAGACCAAGAAGAGGUCUGUGUGAAAUCCUUUAUUACAAUCUCUAUGGUCUUCUUUUGCUCACCUAUAUUGGUGAUUACAUGGAAGAUGUUUUUUUUCUUAAGGGCAGUAAUACAUGAAACAAACCUCUCUACUGGGACCAUACCUUGGCGUGGUGGAGGGGCUUAUCCUCCUUCAAGUGAGGAGAAAACCAAAUGGUCCCACAGGUUUUGUCACCUAAUGGUCCAUUUUAUGUUUGUUGACUGAUCAAGCCAAGUCAGAGGAGUUCACAUCACUUAAUCCCACUCUGAUUCAUCCUGAGAGUCAGGGCUGUUUGCCUCAUUAGAUUUCAGUGUAAAAAAACAUUUUUCUCAGUUUGCCUGUAAGUUUGGGUAGAUUUACUAGUCAGGAUUUCCUCUAGGUUUGCGAGCAAGCGUCCCCGAUGCCCCACAGCGCAACCCUACAAUCGCUCUAUUUAAAACCUGGUCAUCCAACACAUGCUAGAUAUUUGUGGUAAAUUGUUGACAGCUGUGUCCUUAAUAUUUAAUUAUAGAUUUAUUUAUGUUAUGUAUUAAACAUACAAACACACACAUAAGCAUACCGACCUUUGCAGUGUUUCAGAGUUGUAGAGAGCGUUGAGUUGAGGUUUCCAGUGGUGUAUUAUAUGUAUGGCUGUCUUGAUGUUACAUUGUAGGAAGCAGUAUUAGAAAAUAAGUCUGAUCUCUGAACCUCUGAUGAACAACCCAGAGCCUUAACCAGUUGAGCCACCACUGCCCCAACUAAAUUGAAAAGGAAGUAAGAAAACAAGUUGGCUAAGUGGAAUGAAGUAAAAUCUUGUAAAACUAUUUUUUCUAUUAGUCAUAAAACGAGAAUGAGAUAACGAUAGAUGAACUGUUGCUUAAUGCAUGCAGGAAUCAUCAAUAUUACCCAAGCACAGAGAUUGGGGAGCUAAAUAAAUCACUUUGAAUGAUUAUAUACAUAACCAGUCUACAAUGUUUUGCAAAUACAUCCACCGUAUAUAUCACUCUAGGUGUGUAUGUGUGGAGUGGACACACCACAAAAACUGCUGUUUCAGUAAACACUGCAUAUGUAAAAGCAUCCUAAUUCAUACACUGGCUACUGCUAAUAAAAACUAUAGAAUAAA